AUGCACAGCCUCCUUGGAGCGGCUGUAGUGUCGGCAUUACUGCAAAUACUGCUCUCCUACACGGCCGUCAGUGCCGUCAGCUGGGAGGAAUGGUGGACCUACGACGGGAUCUCAGGUCCAGCGUUCUGGGGGCUGAUCAACCCAGAAUGGUCGCUAUGCAACAAAGGCCGGCGCCAAUCCCCAGUCAAUUUGGAACCAGACAAACUGCUGUUCGAUCCAAACCUACGGUUUUUACACAUAGAUAAACAUAGAAUAAAUGGCCUAAUAAGCAACACAGGCCACUCAGUGAUCUUCACUGUGGAGAAUGAGACCCGGCAUCACAUCAACAUUACUGGUGGGCCUCUCUCCUACAAGUACCAGUUCCAUGAGAUCCACAUCCACUACGGCCUACACGACCAGUUUGGAUCAGAACACGCCAUCAAUGGGUAUACCUUCCCAGCUGAGAUUCAGAUAUUCGGUUUUAAUUCACAAUUGUAUUCAAACUUCUCCGAGGCUCUACACAAAGCUCAAGGAAUUGUUUCAAUAUCCCUAUUGUUACAGCUCGGAGAUUUAUCAAAUCCAGAACUUAGAGUGUUAACAGAAGAAUUAGAAAAUAUCAAAUACGGAGGUGCAGAGAUGCCAGUGAACAAGCUCUCGGUUCGUGGCCUGCUGCCUGACACUGACUACUACAUGACAUACGACGGCUCCACCACGGCCCCCGCUUGCUACGAGACCGUCACCUGGAUCAUUGUCAAUAAACCCAUCUAUAUCACUAAACAACAGUUACACGGCUUGAGGCGGCUGAUGCAAGGCGACGCCAGGCACCCGAAGGCUCCCCUCGGCAACAACUUUAGGCCGCCCCAGCCUCUCCACCACCGAGCCGUAAGGACCAACAUUGACUUCGAUCUCAGCAAGUACCCUGGGAAAACUUGUCCAAGCAUGCAUCGAGAUAUGCAUUAUAAAGCCAAAAGCUGGACACAAUAUUGA